AAAUGUUGUUCUUUAUAGAAACACCAAAAUCGACCUUCUAUCUCUAUGGCCAACUCCAAAUUUCUAUGCAUGUAACCAUAAAUAUUCUUAUAUCGUCACAUUUUUUUUUUCUUGUUCUUCGAUUUCUGUUACGUCCACCCCUCCUCUCCUUUGACAUGGAAGGGCGGACCCCACUCUCCGGGAACGGAAAAAAAAGCAUUAACAAACUUUCUUCGGCAACAUCCCUGCGUUUAGCUUCCCCUUCUGAUCGAUCAUCAGAUACUUUCGUUGUUCAAAUCCCUAAAGAUCAAGUUUAUCGUGUGCCACCACUCGAAAAUGCAACAAUCGUGGAAAAUCGUACACCUAAGGAUAAUGUUCAAAGCAAGAGAAAAAUUGGACGACGUUGUUGUUGGACAUUAUUGGUUAUAUUAAUAUUCGGUAUCAUUAUAGGUAUUAUCAUCGCGAUUAUUCACAUGUUGUAUAUACCUAAAUGUCCUAAAUUUUCCGUUGCUAGUGUCCAUUUCAAGAAUGUCACGGACCCUAAUAAUCGCGAUCAAGGACAAAAAAAUCAACAUCCAAAAUUCGAGUUUGGUUUGAAAGUGAAAAAUGUGAAUGAAAGAAUGGAUGUUUCAUUUGGUGAUGGAAAAACAAAUUUUGUUUACAAGAAAUAUGAUAUAGGACAAGGGAAAUAUCCAUCAAAUUCACAAAAAGGUUUGGGUACAAAUAAUAUUCAUCUUAAUCUUGAUGUUGGUUCAAAUGGGAAAUUGCCUAGUGAUUUGUUAAAAGCACUUGAAGAUGAGAACAAGAAAAUAGUAAUAAUGUCAUUGAUUAUUCAUGUGCCAAUGGAAAUUAAAAGUUGGGUUAAAAAUUUGGACAAAGAUUUGACAAUUACUUGUGAUUUUGAUGCGGAAGAUUUGACAAAGAAAUCCAAGAUUAUGCCUAAUGAGUGUAUAACGGAUUUCUAAAAAUGUAUAGAAACAUGUUUUUGGCAUAUCUAUCGAUCGAAUCAGAGGUUGAGCUCUUGUCGACGGAUCUAAUAAAAAGUGUAUAAUGUAUUUCACUUUAUUUCUAGAUUUACUAGAUAAUGUUUAUUGCUUUUGAAGCAUAGUAUUUUUAUUCGUCAAAGAAUUGAUCAUUUGACAAUAGGGUCGCGGAGUUAGGGGCACAAGGAGGUUCAUCGAAAUACUCCUUUCAUUUUCAUUGUAUAUAAGGUUAAAUUUAUAUUAUAUAUAUUUGUAUAAUGGAUAUUAAAGCUUUUGUAUUUAUUUUUUUA